AUGUACGUACAGCGGAACCGCUCCCUCUCCAUCCGCUCGCGCAGAGACCCCCCGGCGAACCGGCACCGGUUCAGCAUCUCGACCUUCCGCGGGAUGCAGCAGCCGGAGCUCAGCCGCAAGAUGGGUAAGAUGAUCAAGAGCGAGAACUCGGCCAUCGGCGCCUACGAGGCCGCCGGCCGCGAGCGCUCCUCGAUCGCCGCCCAGCUCUCCGACUGGGGCGAGUCGACCGACGACGACACCGUCUCCGAUAUCUCCGACAAGCUGGGCGUCAUGCUGGCAGAGAUGGGCGAGCUGGAGGACGUCUUUGCGCAGAACCUCGAGGACUACCGCGGCGUGCUGAAGCAGAUCCGUAAUAUGGAGAGCUCUGUGCAGCCGUCGCGCGAGCAGCGCCAGAAGGUCACCGAUGAGAUCUCUAAGCUCAAGUACAAGGAUCCGACCAGUGCGCGGUUGGAGACGCUCGAGCAUGAGCUGGUCCGGGCGGAGGCGCAGAAUUUGGUUGCUGAAGCGCAGUUGUCGAAUAUCACGCGACAAAAGCUCAAGGAGGCCUUUGACAUCCACCUGGCAGCCGUGGUCGAGCGCUCAGAGAAGCAGACUAUCAUCGCGCGCCACGCCCGUCGCCUGCUCACCUUCAUCGAUGACAGCCCCGUGGUGCCAGGCGAUGCGCGCCCGGCGUAUGAUCACGAAACCGAGGCACGCCAGGUCCUCGAGGAUGCCGAGAAUGACCUCCGCGGGUGGGCGCCCAGCGUCGAGCCCAUCCCAACCUCAGCCGGCCAGGAGUCUCGAGUCAAUGGAGUUGAGCACGACUCGGACGGCCUGACUACCGGCUUGGGUUCCGCGACCGGUGCUGGAGUCAGCCAACCUAUGACCAACGGAGGCCCGUCGGCCAAAAAGCAGUUGGAGGAGCCUCAGUCCCAGUCCCAGACUGAGGCUGAGCCGAUCGCGUAUUAG